AUGUACAGUAUGAAUGCUGCAAAGCCUGCAUCGUUGGAUUUAAGGUUUUCAUCAGUUAAUGAGGAUGAUCUUUUUGACGCAGCACUGAGCGCAUCAGUGGAUAAGAAUAAGGCAGAAGUUCAGACGGACAAUAAUGCCAACGCACAAUCAAAUUUAACACCAGCAACCUCGAAAGUUAGGAAGAAGACAGAAGAACAGCGGUUGUACAUUGGGAAAUUCCCUUGGUGGAUAACAGAAGAAGACAUAUUGCUAAUGACCAAGAAUGUUGGUGUUCGGGAUAUAACUGGGGUCAAAUUUGCAGAAAACAAAGCAAAUGGACUCUCAAAAGGAUAUGCUGAAAUAACAGUGAGCUCUGAGGAGUCAAUGAAAACACUUUUGGAUUAUAUACCAAAGUGCACUCUUGGUGGCGAAAAGAUUGACUGCUAUCAUGCCGAUACUUCAACUCUGAGUUUAUUUGAGGACAUGGCCCAAAAAAGUGUUCUGCCAUGCACUGCUUCUACAAAUAUGAAUGAUUCAGGGACUUCAUUUUUACCACAGAACCCCUUUGAUUCUACUGUGCCUCCUCAGUUUUUGAACCCAUUUCCUACCAGCAUUCCUUCUGUAUCCAACCCAUUUUUAAGCUACCCACAUCAUCCUUACAUGUUCUUGAAUUUAAUGAGAUUUCCACCCAAUCCAGCUCCAGUAACUGCUGGCCCGUCACAAGGGAGGCACAGCUGCAGAUCAAAUGGUGAUGAAAAAAUAGAUACAGACUUUGAGGAGCUAAUAAACAGGAACAAAGCAGUUGCUAGUACUGCCAUUACCAAAGCUGUGUCAGGAGCAACAACAGGAGACUUGCCAGUGGCUAUGGAAACGCUUUUGACAGCUAUUUCCAUCAUCAAACAAUCUCAAGUGUACAAAGACGAUCGCUGUCAGGCCAUGGUCACCUCUUUGAAAGACUGUUUAGUGUCCAUCCAAGGAGGUCAAAACAGGCACAGUGAAGAGAGAGUGCGCAGUAGAAGACAUUCAAGUACAGAAAGACGACGCUCAUCUUGGGGAGAACGAUCCCGGAGCAGUGAAAGAAGAAAUGGGCGCUCCAGGGAUCGCUCCAGGGACCGCACACAGGAACGCACACGGGAACGCACACAGGGCCGCACAGAGGAACGGUCAAGGGAACGCUCUCGAGAACAAGACAGAUACAGGGAUCGCAACAGGAAUCGAGACAGAUAUUAA